CGUGAUCACCCACCGCAGAAUCUCCACGCAGCACACAGUUCUCGAAGAGAAACUACCAACAUACUGCCAUCAUGCCGCCCAAGCGCCGUAAAGUUGCCGAUCUUACAGACGCACCCGAGCAGAAGCGACGCGUCACGCGUUCAUCAUCAAAGCCGUCCGCACCAACGAAAGCAGCUACGACCCCUAAGCCUGCCAAAACCUCAGCAAAAGCCUCAAAUUCUGCGAAGUCUUCAUCGUCAAAAGCAAAACCCGUUAGAGCAUCAAACGAGGUCGCUACCAAAGACGCCCCAGCCACCCCAGAUGUCUUAGGAUCAAAUCCCCUCACCAUCCAUCCCGCAUCCGCCAAGAAGCCCAUCGAAUGCUACUCGUAUCAACCCACUACGCCUUACGCACCGUUCCCGAACCUGAUCUUCACCCAUGGCGCGGGCGGAACACUCUCAGCGCCUGCAGUCGUCAAUUUCUGCACCGGAUACGGUGCCUCGGCCCCAGUCCUCGCAUUCCAAGGAUCGAUGAACCUCACGGCUCGGGUCAAAAACUUCGGAGCACUCACAGAGCAUUACAACCCGGAGACAAGGACGGGAAGGCUCAUAGUGGGCGGACGAAGUAUGGGCGCGAGAGCAGCUGCCAUGCUCUGGAGCGACUUCAUUUCCAAAAGAAAAGACGCAGAAUCCAUCGAUGUCUCAUUCAUUCUCGUCUCCUAUCCGCUCAAAGGACCGAAGGGGGAUAUCCGUGAUCAGAUACUGCUCGAUCUUCCGCACCACGCGAACGUGCUUUUCGUCAUAGGCGAGAAGGAUGCCAUGUGCCCUUUGGAUAUGCUCAGCAGCGUGCGCAGGCGGAUGUCUGCGUCCUCCCAGCUCAUUGUGGUGAGGGGCGCUGACCAUGGUAUGCAUGUUAAGCCUGCGGAGGCGGAGAAAAGGUUUGGGGAGGAGACUGGGAGGCUGGCAGCUGCGUGGGCGAAUGGAGGGAUGAAGGAACAUGAGGUGUAUAUUGGGGAUGAGGCAUAGGGGAGGCCGGAGGGCUCCAGAGGGUAGUAAAUAGCAGUAAUGCGUGUGAGUGGUUAAAGUAUCCUGGAGGCUUCCAGACGGUAGACUAUGGACAGGGGGAGAAUGCUAGCCGGUGGCCUGGAUGGGGGCGAAAUGGGUGUUCGGGAGGAGGUAUUAGACGGGCUGGAGGCCUUCAGAGGGCAGAGGAGAGCUUUCACACUCCGGGAACUCGUAUAUAUCGUUGCAUGGGAACAGGCAGCCCGAAGGCCUUCUGAGACUAAAACUCACGUGGCCAAGCUGCACAG